CCCUUGUUCUGCUCUCUCUCCUUCUGUCUUACUUUAAAUUCUAAGAAUCAUUUUUUUUCUCUUUGUCGGUAUUGAUGUUUCUCACCUUGCCUGGUUUGGAUCUCAUCACUGCAGUAAUGAGAUCAUAAACGCAACAACAUGUUUUGAGCAAUUUUGAGCAUAACUGGACCGGACUUCAGUUCAGAGCUACGAGAAUUAUAAAUGGACAAAAGGGCAACAAUAACACUUACACUAGAAGAUCUGCAGGACCUUCUUCUCAACAGUUCCGAUGACGAUUUUGGCGAUAAUGAAAGUAUAUCCACCAGUGACACAUGCUGUACGGGCAGAGUAUGCAUGACAGAAACAGCUGCAGAGUUGGAAGCCGUGUUCAUCCCGGUUCUCUACUCCCUGGCCUUGAUUGUGGGCCUGCUGGGGAAUGGACUGGUGUUGGCGGUUCUGUGUCAGCUACGCCGCUCCUGGAGCAUCACCGACACCUUCAUCCUGCACCUGCUGGUGGCCGACACCUUGCUCCUGUUCACUCUGCCCUUCUGGGCGGCAGAGAUUGCCCAGGGCUGGAGCUUCGGUACCCCGCUCUGCAAGCUGAUGGGAGCCAUUUUCAAGGUGAACUUCUACUGUGGAAUCUUCUUGCUGACUUGUAUCAGUCUGGAUCGAUAUCUCUCCAUUGUCCACGCUGUUCAGAUGUACUCACGUGGCAAGUCCUGGAAGGUACAUGCCAGUUGCCUAGGCGUGUGGCUAAUCUGUCUCCUGCUAUCCAUUCCUGACUGGAUCUUCCUUCAGCAGUUGGAGGAUGAACGAUCAAAGACAGUGAAGUGCACUUACAACUACCUGGCAUAUAAAACCAGUGUUAAAGACUGGCAGGAAGCUUCCCGCUGGCUCUACCACAUUGUGGGAUUCAUCAUCCCCUCCAUCAUCAUGGUCUUCUGUUACUCAUCCAUCCUUUUGCGGCUGUUCCGCGGCUCACAGGGAUUUAAGAAACAAAGGGCCAUACGAGUGAUCCUGGUGCUGGUGUUGGCUUUCUUCAUCUGCUGGACGCCAUACAACAUUACACUUAUUGUGGACACAUUGCAUGCGAACAGAACCUUAAACGAAACGUGUGAAAGCACCAUAAUAUUAGAACUAUUGCUCUCAGCUACAGCCGCUCUAGGCUACAUACACUGCUGUUUGAACCCCAUUCUGUAUGCCUUUGUGGGGGGGAGGUUCCGACAUCACCUGCUGCAGAUGUUAAAGUCCAUAAACUGUAUGCUGAAGGGUUAGGAUCAUGCUUCCUCAUGAAA